AUGAGCACCGACAACAUCGCAACCUUGUUUUCCCAAAUCUCGCUGGCUGAGCCCCCGCCACCAUACGACGCAGACCCGCCCACCCCUCCCAAUGUUGCUCAGCCGAGCGCGACUGCUAGCAGUCCGGGCGGGACUGGAUACGCAGUCUAUGUCGGACGCGUCCCCGGGGUAUACGCGGCGUGGCGAGACGCGCAGAAUCAGGUCAAGGCUCUUCCGCACAACUCGUACAAGGCCUUCUCCAGCCUCGAGGCCGCCCAGCGCGCGUACAACGCCGCGGUGUCGCGCGGACUCGUCAGUACUGGAGCGCAGCGCGCGGCCGACAUCCGCCGAGUGGUCGAGAGGCAGCAACUGAUACUCGAAGACCUACCCCUAUGCCUGGCGUUCCUUGAGGACUCGACCAGCAAGGCCAUGGCUGUCGGAUCUUCGAGCUUCUACGUCGUAUACACUGGACUGCAACCCGGUGUCUACUUGACCUACCACGAAUGCUCGUAUCUCACGAGCGGCUACAAGGGUGCUCGUCACUGUAGCUUCAACACGAAGGAUGAGGCGGUCGAGGCGCUCAAGAGCGAGCUCAGGGCAGGCAAAGUGUUCAAGUUAGUGUUGCAGUAA